GCUGUGUGUUUUGUUUCGUAUUUGGAUCAGUGUUGACAUUCUGGCCUGCUGCUAAAGCACAUGAGAUCGUAGCGAAGUGUUUUAAGCCUGUACUUCAAUUUGAUUGUGAUGACACUGUGUUUAUAUCGUAUCCCUGAGCUAAAGAAAGCGAUCUAAUGUGGAAAUAAAGCGGAUCUUAAGAUGCUGCUGUCCUUGGGGAUGCUGAUGCUCUCUGCCACCCAGAUUUACACCAUCUUUACGGUUCAGAUAUUUGCCUUCCUCAAUCUUCUACCUGUGGAGGCUGAUAUAUCAGCAUAUUCAUUCGACAAUAAAACAGAGAACUUUGAUGACCUACCUGCUCGGUUUGGCUAUAGGCUGCCCAGUGAAGGACUAAAGGGUUUCCUGAUAGGUUCCCGUCCUGAGAAUGCAUGUGAGCCGAUCGACCCACCGCCCCUGAGGGACAACCUCACCAGCGCCUUCAUCGUGCUAAUCAGACGCUUUGACUGUAACUUUGACAUCAAGGUCCUUCAUGCGCAGAAGGCCGGCUACAAGGCGGCGAUUGUCCACAAUGUGGAUUCUGAUGACUUAAUCAGCAUGGGAUCCAAUGAUCUGGAUAUUCUGAAGCAGAUCGACAUUCCUUCAGUUUUUAUUGGUGAAGAUGUGGCCACCUCCCUCAAACAGGAUUACAUCUAUGAGAAAGGUGGUCAUGUAAUUCUUAUGCCAGACUUCAGUUUGCCUCUGGAAUAUUAUCUGAUCCCAUUCCUUAUCAUUGUUGGCAUCUGCCUCAUCCUCAUAGUAGUUUUCAUGAUCACAAAGUUUGUACAGGACAGGCACAGAGCUAGGAGGAGCCGUUUGCGCAAGGACCAGCUAAAGAAACUCCCAAUUCACAAAUACAAGAAAGGUGAUUCCUAUGACGUGUGUGCCAUUUGUUUGGACGAGUAUGAAGAGGGCGACAAACUUCGGGUCUUGCCCUGUUCACAUGCCUACCAUUGCAAGUGUGUCGACCCAUGGCUGACCAAAACCAAGAAAACCUGUCCGGUGUGCAAGCAGAAAGUAGUGCCGUCCGAAGGCGACUCGGACUCUGAAUCCGAAUCCGGCGACAGCGGCGCAGAAGAGAACGAAGUGUCCGAAAACACACCUUUGCUGCGAUCUUUGGCCUCUACCAGCGCCCAUUCCUUUGGAACCAUGUCCGGCUCGCCGUCCCAGCACGAACCGGAGUCGUCGGACUACGACGAGCACAGCGAGACUACCGACAGCGAGGAGGAAGCCACAGUGGAGACCGUGGUCGUGCAACUGCAGCAGGGACCCCCAGACGACAUUGAAGCCAACGCCUGAGCUAAUUAGGACCCUUAGUGGGGGAUUCCAGUGCACCGGUUCAUGAUCACUUACACGUUACCAUAAAGUCUUUCAUGUACACGCAACUUGUUGUAUAUAUAUAGAGCGCUGCAAAAUUCAAAACUAUGCAGAAAUGUUUACCCAUAAAAUGCCAACGGGCACUGAAGUUACCCCCCUCUAAAAAUAUGUGGUUGAUCACUGACAAAAUGCCAAACACAUAUCAGACGCGUAUCCAAUCUGAAAAGCAUGUUACAUACGACUGAUGUGUCGAUACUGUGUUGCACCAAUACUGACGUCCGCUUUAGUUUAUUCAAUAACAAAAUGAUCUUUGCUAUAAAUAGACCACUUAAGUGAUCUUGCAAAUGUAUUUAGGUUAAUAACAUUUAAAUACUGUAAGUUAUACUAUGUAGAAAUGGAAGGGUUUUUUGAUAACUUGAACUGUCUUUGAUGUAUGGUUGCUUUUUAAAAUGUUGCUUUGUUGUAAAUGUUCAGCUCGCCCUUGGUUAAUGUAGUCUAUUCAUUUCUCUUCAUGAAUAAAAUAUUAUAACUUU